CAGCAAAACCUCGGGGAAAACUCCAAGCUGGGCUUCCCUGGAGAGCAGCGGGAUGUGAUCCAAUCCCAGGAUUGGGUUUGGGUUCAAAUCCUGGGAUUUUCAUCCCUGGAGGUGUCCAAGGAACAGCAAGGUGGGAGUCGGUGGCACCUUGGAUUGUUGGAUCCCGGAGCUCUUCUCCAGCCUCAGGGAUCCUGGAAUUCCUGCUCCAUCCACGCCCUGAAAAUUGGGAAAAACGGCAAAAUUUGGAGCAAGAAAAAGGCAAAAACCCUCGGAUUUCAAAGCUCCUCCACCAAAACCAGUCAAGAUUUUCCAGCAGCAGAUCCACGACUGGAUUUUUCCCAUUCUUUCCCAGCCAUUCCACCAGGAAGGACCGUCCCCAUCUCCAGGUGGUCCCAAAUCCACCGAGAACGAGGAUUUGGCUUCUCCCGGUUUGAGGACCCCUCAGCAGGAUGAUGGAAUCCUGGUGGAAAAACCAAACCCCUUUUUCUGCUUUCUUCUGCUUUUUCCUUUUUCACCUCUGGGGCACGGAGCACAACCCCGCGCUUUGAAUAAUUUCCAACCGAAGAAGAUAAAAGGCAAAGGUUCGACUCAAUCAGCCCCAAAAACAGGAAAUGAGAGGCCUGGGGGUGAAGAUCUUCCUGUCAGCACCUGCUCUGAGCCCCGGAGCAGCGGAGGCUCCGUGAUCCCGGGAUGGGCUCCGGGGCCUGGCUCCGGCUGCUCCUCACCCUCGCAGCUCUUUGGGGGACCGGAGCCAGGGAAACGCUGCUGGGGACUCUGGGGGAGGCGACGCUCCUGCGGAUCCCCCGCGAGCUGCGGGAGUGCACCGAGGAAUUCGGGGAAGCCUCCUGGAAAAAAAUCACCCAGGAGCCGCUGAAGAAGAAAUUCCUGCUGAAGAUUUCCGGCGGGAACCACACGGAGUACGAGCCGGGGCGGAUGCGCUUCCACAAGGAGGACUUUUCCCUGGAAAUCCUCAACACCAGCCGGGAUGACCGGCGGCUCUACGAGUACAGCGUCAGCAAGGGCUCGGAGGAGGAGGUCUGGCAGAUCCAGCUGGAGGUGUUCGAGCCGGUGGCCGAUCCCAGCAUCCGGAUCCUCCACCAGGAAUCCUCCAACGGGAGCUGCUCCCUGGCUCUGCGCUGCUCCUCGGAGCGGGGGGACGAGGUUUCCUACAGCUGGGACAGCCGGGACAACGGCACCGGGGGGAUCUGCUCGGGCAACGGCAGCGUCCUGACACUCUCGUUCCCGCUGCGGAGCGCGGCCUUCGGCUGCGUCUGCACCGCCCGCAACCCCGUCAGCAGCCGCCGCGCCACCUUCGACGCCGCCCGCUGCGGCUCCCAGCUCAGGGGUGUCCCUGGGGUGAGGACAGAGCUCCUGGUGCCUCUGGUGGUGCUCGGUGUCAUCGUCGUCAUCGUCAUCGUGGUCGUUGUCACCUGCAGGGCCACCCGCUCGGCCAAAUGUGACCAGGACCCCUCCCAGGUCACUCCAGCCAGCGCCACCAUCUACGCCCAGGUGCAGCGGGUGCAGAAGCCCAAAGGGACCGUCCCCAACGCCACCCCCCUGUCCUGCACCACCAUCUACGCCGCGGCCACCGGGCCACCCCCGGCCCCUGAUGGAGCCCCCCGGUCCCCAGCCGGGUCCCCAACCCCGCGGGGACGCCCCCCGCUGUCCCAGGAGCCCACGACGGUUUAUGCCAGCGUGACCCUUCCUGUGGCCUGAGCCUCUCCAGGAUCUGCAUUCCCGGCUGGAAUCGCCGGGAAAUACUUUGGGGAUCCCGGGGGAUCCUUUGGAGAUCCCUGAGCACCUCCAGAGCCUCCCUGGGAUCCAUUCCUGGCUGGAAUCACCGCUGAUCCCAGGGGAUCCUUUGGGGAUCCCGGGAAAUCCUUUGGGGAUCCCUGAACACCCCCAAAGGAAUCGAGCGGCGUGUCCAGCGUGGCCGGAGCGAUGUGGGGUGGUCAAACAAGGGCUGGACACAGGGAAGGAAUUCCAGGCUGUGCUGGAGGAAUUCCAGCGGGAUCCUGGAGCCGUGGGAGAAGGGAGAGAGGCUCUGGAUGCACCUGGAGCUGGGAGUGAUGGAGGAUCCAACGGGAAUGGUCAUUCCCACACCUGUGGAACCUGGAAUGGUCAUUCCCAGACCUGUGGAACCUGGAAUGGUCAUUCCCAGACCUGUGGAACCUGGAAUGGUCAUUCCCACAGCUGUGGAACCUGGAAUGGUCAUUCCCACAGCUGUGGAACCUGGAAUGGUCAUUCCCAGACCUGUGACAGCUCCAGGAGCUUCUCGUGUUGGGGGCACCAGACCUGGUGGGAUCUCACCAUUCCAGGUGGGAUCUCACCAUUCCAGGUGGGAUCUCACCAUUCCAGAGAUGAGAACCCUCCCACACUCCUUUGGAUGCAGCCCAGGACAAGGUCCAGGACCCCUCUGAAAUCUGGAGUGGCCACGAGGCCGAGACUGUCCGGCCCAAAUCCUCUCGUGCAGGCCACGCAACCACGGCUAUCUCGCAAAGGACUUCAUGGAAAUUAAAAUUAAAGUUAAAAGCCAGGAAAGAAUGUUUCUUGUGGAGAAGUCUCCAUGGCAUGGCAGGAGAGACUCCUCUCCACGAGAGAGAUGAAGAAAGGCAAUUUUGAGUUGGAAAAAUGACUGAAAAUCCCAGGUUUUGUCUCUUUAUGUUGUCAGUGGGGGAGGAAAGAGGGUGGGGGGGAGAUAAGCAUUCCAUGUUCAUUCUGAUUUUUGUAUUAUUUUAUAUUUAACUCAGCCAAUAAAGGUUUUUUUUACAUCUUUUAAA